CCCUUUCCUCGGCUGCCAUGUCGCCGCGCAGCAGCCGCCGCACAGGCGCGCACCGGGCGCACUCGCUGGCCCGGCAGGCGAAAACAAAGCGGCGACGUCGGGAUCUGGAUGAGAUCCACGCGGAUCUGGAGCCCGGCCGGGCUGCCCGGCUGCUGCGCCAGGAGCCCGACCCCGAUCUGCCGGGCUGCGCCCAGUUCUACUGCCUGCACUGCGCGCGCUACUUUGUGGACCUGACAAGCAUGAAAGAGCACUUCAGAUCCAAGGUGCACAAGAAGAGGCUGAAGCAGCUGAGUGAGGAGCCCUAUACACAGGAGGAGGCAGAGCGUGCUGCUGGGAUGGGCUCCUACAUCCCCCCAAAGAAGGUCCAUGUGCAGACCCAGCCCCUGGAUGAAGUCGUUGAAAUGGAGGCAUCCAGCUGAGCGUCCCUGCACAGGGUCCCUUUGCCAAUGUGCUGCUGAAAGGACUCUUUGUUCAGCUCUUUGCCAGGUGCUAAUGAGAAGAAGCAGCCAGCAUGCUCCUGGGUGCCCUGGCUGUGUUCCUAUUCCUGGAUGCAAGAACGGGUAGCGCCAUGCUGUGCAGUGUUGUGCUUGCCUCUUUGCUUUCAGAGAGGUAUUAGGUGCCUCUGCUGGAGUCAGAGGUUGCAUUGCCAUUAAAAUAUGUCAACCAAAA